CCACGAGAAGAAGAAGACGAAGGGGAAAAAAAGAAACGUUGUUUUUGGAGCGGGCCCCUGGUGACGUGCAGGGCCUGCAGGGCGGUGUUCUCAGGAAAGAAAGAGUCUGGGGUGUGUGAGCCACAUCUGGAAUAGUAGCUACAGAGAAAGAGUCGAGAGAAGCAGAGCCUCGCUGAUACUUUCACAACUCUUCACCUCAGCACUCCCUUUUCACGGAAACAAACCUCUUGCUUUGCCUUUUUAUCUACUUGAAAAAUGCUGCUCAUCCUGCUUGGAGUGCUCAUCUUGCACCUAAUCAUUCUCAUUCUUCUCACUGUGUCAACAGCAGCCAGUGCCUGGUCUGUAGGUGGGGAUAGGAGCACAGAUCUAUGGUACAGUUGCAUGACAAUUAAUGAAGACUACCACUGCAAGGCUGCCAGUAAUGAAGACUGGAUCCAGGCAGUGCAAGCCCUCAUGAUCCUGUCCUUGCUCUUCUGCUUCUUCUCCCUCAUUGCAUUUGUGUUUCAGCUGUUCAGAUUGGUCAAGGGUGGACGCUUCUUCUUCACCGCCAUUUUCCAGAUCUUGGCAAGUGUGUUUGUGAUGUGCGGGGCAAUCAUCUACACUGUGAUGAGUCCGGAUGAUGGAUCCAGCACACAUUUCGGCUAUGCCUACGUGCUGGCCUGGGUGGCUUUCCCUCUCUGUCUCAUCAGUGGCCUCAUUUAUAUUGUCCUGCGGAAGAAAGAAUGAGAGAAGGAGGAAAGAGGAGAAUAGAGGAGGGGUAGUUAGGAUACCCUAUACAACAACAUCGCACUGUGCCUACUGCCCACAGACCAUAGACUGACAUCCCAACAAUAAAACUAAAGUGCAUGUGUCACUAACAAUUGUAAACACAAAAUGGAAGUGGAUUUAUCACUGCUUUUUUGCUGUAUUUCAGUAUCCAAUAUAUUUCCAUCAAAUGCUGAAAAAUAUCACAACUGUUUCCUGUUUAUGAAUUUUACCAAAGGCUGAGUGUCACUACACGUUUCCUGUGGUGACAGAGUGUCUUCAAAGUGUGUUUAGAAAUGUUUUGUUGCACGCUGGCACCUGAUUUCCACAAAUCCAUCAUGUGUGAUAACAAAGACGAGUAAUCCUGCCUUGCUUCAGUACAAAGAUGUACAUAGUGUCUGUGGUUUUUAGACAUAUUUAUAACAUUUUUACAUACAUUUUGUACAUAGUGUUGUCAAGUUAACAUUGCCAUGCUCAUUUGCGUGAUCGAGUUUGUGUCUCUCACAAAUCAUGCAGCUGUGCCAAAGAGAUGUCGCUUCAACUGCCAGAGUAUCAAGCUUUUUAAAAUGGUUUUGUCUUUUUUUGUGUGUCAAAAGCUUUGAGCCUUGUGCCUUACUUAGAAUAUCUGUGUUCUUCUUGAAGGAAAUGAGAAAAUCCUCACAAAUAAAAAACAACAAUAAGUGUUAAUAAACUCAUGAAGUUUUUUUCUGAAUUAUCAUUGUACUUGAUAUACCAAAUAUUUCUCUUUUUUUUGCAUUUUGUAAUCUAGUUUUGAAAAAUGGUGCUUUUUUAUCUACUAUUCUUGAAAUGUAUACUUUGUGUUGCAAGUGUGUCAUAUCCUGUGAUUAAUUUGCUUUGUACAAACCCAAGUUUGCAUUUUUGUCAGUAUUCUUCUAAAUAAACCCUUUGAAAUGAA